UAAAAAGGAGCCAAGAAUAGAUGGGAUCUCGAUAUUGUUUAAAAACAUCUUAUGCUGAGACCUCAAAAAUCUGCUUGAUUAAGACAAAAAAAAAACAUUUCUGCAAAUUAUAGACAAAAGGUGACUACAAUAAAGAUGCUAAAAUGAUUUUGAAAAAUUGUGAAUUAUUUUAGAUUUUUUAAUUCCAGCUACUCCAUUUGUGUUAUUCAAUAACCUAGUUUUGAUGAAUAAAGCAUUAUUCCAAAAUGUGGAAAAAUAUUAAUAAAUAAUGACUAAGUGACCCUAACCGUUUGAACUGUAAAACAUUGGAAUUCAUUUUAUGCUAUUCUUGCCAUUUUUAUCUUCAGCUAGGAUGUCAUUGUAAGUAGCACACCUCUCUUUACUAAACACACCCAUUUAAGGUUUAAUUCACAAAUGUGACAUAUCACUCUUCAAAAAUGUGUAUUAUCAAGGUAAUACCUAGAAUUAGUCAUUUACAACAAAUCCCCAACUAAACAGUCUUAGUGAACUAUUAACUAAUAAACAACAGAUGUAAAACAACCAAAAAAUGAAAGUGAAUGUUUAAUAUUUAAGGCCAUUAGCUAAGCAGGUGUGUCCUGGAGAGGAUUACGUUUAAUGUUUUUAUCAAUUGAGGCAUCGGUACACAUUGUGACUACAGUCAAUCUGACGGCCGCAUCUUCCUCCCUGCCACUCACACUUUGUGUUUUAUAUGCUGGAACAGACAAAAACUUAAGUCUCAUUCGCCUUGUAAAAUUCACAUCCCCACCCUCUAAAACCUGCGGGCAAAAGCAGUCUGUGAACGCAAUUAUAUCCUCCUUUUUUACUUUUGUCUGUGGAAAAACCACUAACUACUUUCCCUGAGGCCUUAGGGCAGCACUGACAUUCACAUUGAAACUCACAGAUCAUAAAAAACCUGACAAAUUGGUGCAGAAAUGCCCAGUGUACCGUGAGAUGAUAAAAUGCACGGUGCAUGAAGAGCUGGAUUAUUUGUGAACGUUUAAGGCGAAGACUCAUUUCACCUCACAGGUGAAUGUAAAGCGGAUGAGAUUUUACUUGCCUAAAGCCCAAAAGAUAGCUUGUUCAGCCCAAAAGACAAGAGACUUCAGAUCAACAUGAACCUUGCAGGUAAUGGAUUGCCUGUGCAGCGUUUCUUGAAUCCCAAAAUGAUAGGGAAGAUGAGACGGAGGGCUCAGGAGAUGAGAAAGCCAAACCGUCUGGUGUCUGCGGUGGAUCUGAGUCACAAUGAGAGCACACGCCUGGCCAUGGAUGCUCUUCUGGACACGGGGUUGACCGGAUACCAGGAGAUGUUGAACAAGGAGAACGAAGCCAACUUUCUUUCGGUUGAGGAGAAAGCAUACAUCUUAAACAGUGUCAUUAAGCCCCUCGCUGAAGAUGAAGAAACAGACGGGGAUGAAGAGAUGUCCGGGUCUCCAUCUGUGUCAUCGCAGACGUACUUUCCUUUGGCCACAGAGAGCGAGCCCCCCGUUCUUGACUAUGGCUGGCCGGUGGCUGACUGGAGUUACCAUCUGCAAGGCAUGCCUCGUGUGGAGGUGUUUUUCCAGUCUGUUAAAUCCGCUUCUAUGAAAGACCUGCUGCGGGAACUUAUCAGGCAAGCCACUAAAGUUUUGGCAAUAGUCAUGGACACAUUCAGCGAUGUGGAGAUUUUCUGUGAUCUACUGGAAGCAACAAGAAAGCGCAGUGUGUACGUCUAUCUGCUUUUGGACCACACCAAUUUACAGGUGUUUGAGGACAUGUGUGAACAUUUAAAGAUCAACAAGUCACAUCUUACUCGAAUGUCAAUUCGUAGCGUUCAGGGUCAAACGUACUGUGCCAAAUCAGGGAGAAAGUUCACUGGUCAGGUGAAAGAGAAGUUCAUCAUUGUAGACUGCACACAGGCGCUGGUCGGCUCCUACAGUUUCACCUGGCUCUCCUGGCAGGUUCACAGAAGCUUGGCUGUGCUCUUUAAAGGCAGCGGGGUGAAACCCUUUGACCUGGAGUUUCACAGACUAUAUGCUAUUUCUAAACCAGUGCCGGGUCUUUCCUGUCAAACAUCCAGUGCUUCUGAUCCCUACAGCCUCCCACCCUUGGAGCAAACACAGACCUUGAUCUGCCCGGUAGGCAUCUCAGAGGCUUAUCAUCUCCAGCAGAAACCUCUGAAGCCGAGGAGCCCAAGUUUCCCAAGCAUCCCUACACCUCCUGUACUGGUAAGACGGACCAGCAAUCCAUGCAUCUCAACUGCACCACAAAGAUCUCAGUGGCUUCAACGGAGGAACACGAUCCAUCACACCAUUCCAUCUCAGUUCUCUCUCUUCAAAGAUUAUAAUACUAGGAGUCAAAUCUGGAGUCCAGUGCAGAACAGUAGAGGUGCCGCGGCAUCUUCUCACUGGUGCUAAUCCAAGAUUUAUAAUU